GAUUUGUAAGCGUCGCGUUCGCAAGUUGGUCGAAAAAUAGAAAAACUCGAAAAACGGAUAACUGAAUUUUGAACCAAAAAAAAAAAACGAAAAAGAAACAAGUUUUUAAUUAUUGUGCAAAUAAUAAAUGGGAAACGGCUUAAUUUUUCGACCAACAAAUUUUUGACGUGCUGCAAAGUUAGAUUGAAGUGAAGAAAAAACGAAAAUUUUGUAACACAAAAUAUCAAAAAAAUAAAAUUUAUUAAGCCAAAAAAAUCGAAAGGAAAAGUGCAACAUUUUCUUCUAAAAAAAAAUCUUAAAAAAAAAUUAUAAAUAAUAUUUUUUUUCCAAAUAAAAAUUCUUUAUAAAAAUUAUAAAAAAUAUUUUAAUUGCAAAUAUAAAUAAAUGUUAUAAGAAUCGAAAGUGCUAAACUGCUUCAAAAAUCCUUGCAAAAAAUAUUAAAAAAUUUUUUAAAUAAAACUCCGUGCAGCAUUCACUUUAGAAAAUAAAAUUUUUCUCCUCACAACCCACUAAGAAACAUUUCACCAGUGCAAAAAUCAGGCCAAUUAAAAUGUUGAAUCAUUACAUUUUCUGCUUUGCCGCCAUUGCGGCAAUACUCGGAAGUGCAACGGCUGCAACAACGUCUAACGGCGGCGCAGUUUCGGACAACUUGGAUGAGUACACAACGAGCGCGGUGCUGCCAUCAGCAAUAGCAGCCACACUAGCCGACGCGCCAGCAGUAACAACACCGCAAAAUGGAGCAAUAGCAGCACCGUCACCACCAGUUCCUCAAGCUGCGCCCCAACUGCCGAACGUUGGCGUGCUGGCCUACGACAGAGUAGGCAUAAGCGAUGGCGUGGAAUUUAGUCCAAUACCAUCCGAACCGAGUGCCACCAACAACUACUUUGAAGUCGCACCCUGUGAUCUUAAGGCAGUCGACAAAAAUGAGUGCAUACGCAAUCUCUUCGCGCAAAUUGUACCUCAACUGAAGGCUGGCUUACCUCAGUACGGCAUGUCCUCAAUCGAUCCGUAUUUCUAUCGUCGUGGCAUUUUCCGUUACGACAACGAGGGCGUGCAAGGUGGUCUGCUCAUCAAAAAUAUGUACAUUAACGGUAUUAGUGAAUUCAAAGUGAACACAUUCCUGUCGAAUUUCACCGAGAAAGCGUUCAUUGUCAAGCUGAGCAUCGAAAUACCGCAAAUCAAGGCGAAUGGACAAUUUAAGGCCGAUGUGAAAUUUGGUGGCUUGCGUUUGGUGCCGAAGGGACCCUUCAAUAUAACGAUCGAUAACAUUCGUGCCACAAUACUGACCGACGGUUUGUUGGAGAACACCGAGGCGGGUCGUCGCUUGAAGUUGAACCGCUUGAACGCCAAUGUGGCUGUGGGCGAUGCUCGCAUCAUAGCGAAUGGCAUUUUCAGCGAUCGCAAUUUGAAUGCAAUGAUUUUGAAUUUGGUGAACGAGAAUCUGCCAGAAAUCACCCGAGUAGGCAUACCGGCUACACGCGAGCAGUGGGCACCCAUUUUCACCACACAUAUCAAUCAAUUCUUUGCGAAUGUUCCCAUUGAUAAAUUCUUGAUAGAGUAAACAUUCCUUUUCUAUAUACAUAUAAGUAUGUUCGCGAGAAGUUCAAAGCGAAAACUCAUUUAAAUAUUCGCCCUACAAAAUUUACAUAUUUUUAAGUGCAAAUACGUAAACUUAGGAAGCAAUUUAAUUAUUAUAUAUAUAUAUAUAUGUGUGUGUAUACAAUAUAAGCGAAUAAAACUUAGAUUUUAGUUUCUAGUUUAAGUUAUUCAUUACCACGAACGAUGCAUGUAUUUAUUUAAAUAUUAUUGCAUGACAUGCCCUAAUGUACCUUUGUAUUAUUAAAAUAU